AGAGGGGUGCCAAUCCCUUCCCCCCCUUCCCAGAGGAAGGCUGUGGGUGCAUGGCAGGCUCUGGCGUCCUGGGUGCUGGGGUCACACACUGGCCCUUCCGAGGCUGCUGCUGACUGGCCACCUCUCCCUGCAGGUCUGGUACCAUGCCCGGUCACUCCGAACCCUAGGCCACACCUGGGCCAUCAGAGCAGCCCUUGCUCACUUCAGGGGGCACCCCCUCCCCACUGCCCACUGCCCACCAUGGCCGGGGACCGGCUCCCCAGGAAGGUGAUGGAUGCUAGGAAGCUGGCCAGCCUGCUGCGGGGCGGGCCUGGAGGGCCGCUGGUCAUCGACAGCCGCUCCUUCGUGGAGUACAACCGCUGGCACGUGCUCAGCUCCGUCAACAUCUGCUGCUCCAAGCUGGUGAAGCGGCGGCUGCAGCAGGGCAAGGUGACCAUCGCGGAGCUCAUCCAGCCGGCCGUGCGCAGCCAGGCAGAGGCUGAGGAGCCACAGGACGUGGUUGUCUAUGACCAGAGCACCCUGGAUGCCAGCGUGCUGGCUGCAGACAGCUUCCUCUCCAUCCUGCUCAGCAAGCUGGACGGCUGCUUCGACAGCGUGGCCAUCCUCACAGGGGGCUUUGCCACCUUCUCCUCCUGCUUCCCCGGCCUCUGUGAGGGCAAGCCUGCUGCCCUACUGCCUGUGAGCCUCUCCCAGCCCUGCCUGCCAGUGCCCAGCGUGGGCCUGACCCGCAUCCUGCCUCACCUCUACCUGGGCUCUCAGAAGGACGUCCUGAACAAGGAUCUAAUGACCCAAAACGGAAUAAGCUACGUCCUCAAUGCCAGCAACUCCUGCCCCAAGCCGGACUUCAUCUGCGAGAGCCGCUUCAUGCGCAUCCCCAUCAACGACAACUACUGUGAAAAGCUGCUGCCCUGGCUGGACAAGUCCAUCGAGUUCAUCGAUAAAGCCAAGCUGUCCAGCUGCCAAGUCAUCGUCCACUGUCUCGCUGGCAUCUCCCGCUCUGCCACCAUCGCCAUCGCUUACAUCAUGAAGACCAUGGGCAUGUCCUCAGACGACGCCUACAGAUUUGUGAAGGACCGGCGCCCAUCCAUUUCGCCCAACUUCAACUUCCUGGGCCAGCUGCUGGAGUACGAGCGGAGCCUGAAGCUGCUGGCCGCCCUGCAGGGUGAUGGGGCACCCCUCCCGGGGAUGCCCGAGCACCUCCCAGGCCCUGCAGCCCCCCUGCCGCCACUGCCACCACCUACCUCAGAGAGUGCUGCCACGGGGAGUGCAGCAGCCAGCUCAGCCAGGGAGGGCAAGCGGGGCACAGGCAGGGAGCCCCCCUCGCCUGCUGCAGCCCCUGCUACCAGCGUGCUGCAACAGGGCCUGCAUGGCCUGCACCUCUCCUCCGACCGCCUCCAGGACACCAACCGCCUCAAGCGCUCCUUCUCGCUAGACAUCAAGUCGGCCUACAUCCCCAGCCAGCGACCAGAUGGCCCCGGGGCCCCUGACCCUGGCGAGGCCUCCAAGCUCUGCAAGCUGGACAGCCCAUCCGGGGUACUAGGCCUGCCCUCGCCCAGCCCCGACAGCCCAGAUGCAGCAACCGAGUUGCGCCCACGACCCCGCCGGCGGCUCCGACCUCCAGCGGGCUCCCCAGCACGCUCCCCUGCACAUAGCCUUGGCCUGAAUUUUGGGGACACUGCCCGAUUCCAUUCCCUGGAGGCCACCCUGCCCGCCCUCGGACCUCCCUCCCCUGUCGCAGUCGCCAGGCAGCAGAGGCUGCAGGCUGCAUGGGGUGCAGAGGGCCGGGUGCUGGACAGACAGGCGUAUGAGUGGGCCGAUUCUUGGCAGGGCUACUCCAGGGGCCUCCUGCAGCUGGCAGAGCACCUGGGAAGUGCAGGUGGCCCCUGCUCCUCUGCCUCCCGGAGGAGCCUGAUGGAGAUUCAGGCUGCCCCUUCCUCGCGGGAGCCGGUCAAGCCCCUGGUGCUGGAGACCCACGGGGACAGGGAUCACUGGGCACUGCCUGCCCCGGCCUGGAGGAGGGAGACUCCUCUGCACCUUGACCUGCACCAUCCUAUGUUUCUGGUCACCCACCCCACCCAACUGAAGAAAGGCUGA